UCAUUUUUCUAGUUGGUUUGCAACCCGGCAGUAAAUCUACAUAAGAAGAAAAGAUCGCUCGGGGUCCACAUUUCCGCAUCUGUUGUCGGAAAAAGUAGUAUUUCAGAAAUAUUAAUACAUAUGAAUUAUAUCGGGACACCAUGAUCAUCGGAUGCUGUUUCUGUGUGUUUGCAGUUCUAGUAAACAAAGUGUCUCUGCAGGAAACAGUAGAGGCUGUUAUUGGCGGUUCUGUUGUCCUGCCAUGUUUUUACACUGAACAUGAUCAUAAACUUCAAGACAUUGAUGUGAACUGGAGACACAAUGGCAGCAAGAAUGUGUAUGAUAUAGUCACGGGUCAAGAUUCAGUUGAGCAACAGCACCCACGGUACAAGAACAGAACUGAAACUUUCCCUGAUGAGUAUCUGAGAGGAAACUUCUCCAUCAGAAUCAAGAAUCUCACUCAUGAUGAUGCAGGAAAAUACAUCUGCUUCAUAACACACUCAGAUGAACAGAGGACUGUACAGCUGCACAUCAAUGAAUCAACAGCAAAAGGAAACCAAUCACAUGACCAAAGAGACCAAGGAGAAGAAACAGAAGCAGACAAUGUGGGGACAUCAUCGGCCUCGGUUUACAUUGUACCAGCUGUAGCAUUAUCAGUAGUACUAGUAGUAAUAGCAGUCGCAGUGAUUAUACACCGUUUCUUAAUUCCGAGGAAUAAAAAACAAGCUUUACCUUCUGACACGACUGAAGGAGAAAGAACACAAAUAACAUGUCAGGUCUAAAAGUUUCAAUUUUCACAUUCUCACUUUUGUGACUUUAACUAUUAGUUGUAUUUCUACAGCUUGUUCACUGUGUCUGGUGCUUAUGACUGUUUUUAUAUUCUUGCUGUAUGCACUGAUUGUUCUUGCUGAAUAAGAUUAUGAAAUGCUGAAACGAGCAUUUCUUGAAGUUAAAGGUCCAAUGAGCUGUCAAUAGACAAUUUAGGAGCAGAUGUUACAGUUAAUCACUUCAGCUGUGUGUGCAUUGUGGUGGCAGAAAAACAGUGGUAACAAGUGGAGGAAAAUGAGCAAAAUCUGUGGAAUAAGAGAAAAAAAUGUCCUUUGCCUUUGGGUGUCAGAAAUGGAAAGUAAAAAAAGAUGGUCUUAAUAUUUUAGAAUAAUGUCGUCAAAGACACCCUUUGAAGCCAAACAUAAACUUUUAUGGUGCAAGCCAUUAAACAGGCAGAUUGGACUGAUGAAACCUGUAAUGAUUAGUGUACUAUUAAAGCAUGAAUUUGAUGUAAUCAAUAGAUCUACAUAAUAUUCACAUAGGGGGCAUGAUGUAUUAGCCUUACAGUUACAGCAUAAAAUAUUUAUACUUAUAACAUGUUACAUCGAUAAUAUUUAAACCUAUAACAUUCCUUUGAGAAUGCUGACUUCUUUCUCCCAGUUCAUACUUUAUAACUCGCAAUUGUGAGUUUAUAUCAAUUUUCAGAAUUGCGGGAUAUAAGCUCACAAUUCUGCGUGGGAAAAAAUGCAGAAUACCAAGUUCAUAUCUCGCAAUUCUAUUUUUUCUUCUAAGAAUUGUAAGAUAUAAACUAAGUCAUAAUUGUGAGAAAUAAACUUAACAUUUUCUCUUUUUUUUUUUCUUUUAUUCUGUGGCUUCCAUUGUAUCUCCAGCAUCAUCUUUUACUGCAGAACUUUAUUUUCUGUCACCAGGUUGGCUCCGCCCACAAAAACAUCAUCGCUGUUUGCAAAAACCCAAAUGCUCUCUGUUACUGCCUUAACAAUUCUGUACCUCAAGUGCUCUUUCUUCUUGUUGUGUUUGACAAUAUUAAAUGUAUUUUGUAUUCUUUAUGAAUUAUUUUGUGUUAAAUUAAAACUGCAAAUUAUUUACCAAA